CGCCGCCGCUCGCCCCGCCGCGGCGGCGGCCGGGCCCGCGAUGCCGAACCAGAAGGGCGGCAAGGGCAAGAAGAACAAGCGCGCCAAUAGCAGCGGCGACGAGCAGGAGAACGGGGCGGCGGCGGGCACCGGAGCCGCGGCGGCCGCGGGCGGCGGCACCGCGGCUGGCGGCGGCGCCGGAGCGGCGGCGGCUGGUGGCGGCGGAGCAGGCGGCGGAGCGGGCGGCGCAACUGCCGCGGGCGGCGCAGCGCCCGGAGACAUCAAGAACGAAGCCCCUUGUGCUACUCCACUGAUCUGUAGCUUUGGAAGGCCGGUGGACCUGGAGAAGGAUGACUACCAGAAAGUUAUAUGCAACAAUGAGCAUUGCCCAUACAGCACUUGGAUGCACCUGCAGUGCUUCUAUGAAUGGGAAAGCAGCAUUCUUGUGCAGUUCAAUUGCAUCGGCAGAGCCCGGAGCUGGAACGAAAAGCAGUGUCGGCAGAACAUGUGGACGAAGAAGGGUUACGACCUGGCGUUUCGCUUUUGCUCCUGCCGGUGUGGGCAGGGCCAUCUAAAGAAGGACACGGAUUGGUACCAGGUGAAGCGAAUGCAGGAUGAUAAGAAGAAAAAAUCGGUCUUGGAGAAAAGCACAGGAAGGUCGGUGGCGGAGUCGGCAGAGGAGGCCAAAAAGGGCAGGCCAGCCAACAAGCCGCAGAAAGGCUUAAGUAAUGACCUGCAGCGGAGGCACUCGAUGGACAGGCAGAACUCCCAGGAGAAGGGCGUCAUGGGUGGCAGCUACGCGGUUCGUUCGCCUUGUGUCUCUCCCGGCCAGUCCCCACCCACCGGCUACUCUAUUCUUGCCCCCACGCACUUCAGCGGCCCUCGUUCCUCGCGCUACCUGGGGGAGUUCUUGAAGAACGCCAUUCACCUGGAGCCCCAUAAGAAGAGCAUGGCUGGUGGGGGCAUGUUCCGGAACGCCCAUUUCGAUUACGGAGCAGCUGGCUUGCAGGCACAUAGAUCAGGACACUUCGAUGCUCCUGUGCAGUUUCUGAGGAGGCUCGAUCUGUCUGAGCUGCUUACUCACAUCCCUAGGCACAAAUUGAAUACUUUCCAUGUGCGGAUGGAAGAUGAUGCCCAGGUGGGCCAAGGGGAGGACCUUCGGAAGUUCAUCCUUGCUGCUCUUAGUGCCAGCCACAGGAACGUUGUAAACUGUGCGCUAUGCCACAGGGCGCUGCCAGUGUUUGAACAGUUUCCGCUGGUGGAUGGGACCCUGUUCCUUAGCCCAUCGAGACACGAUGAGAUUGAAUAUGAUGUUCCCUGUCACCUUCAAGGAAGGCUUAUGCACCUCUAUGCUGUUUGUGUAGACUGCUUAGAAGGGGUUCACAAAAUUAUCUGCAUUAAGUGCAAGUCCCGAUGGGAUGGAAGCUGGCAUCAGCUGGGAACUAUGUAUACCUACGAUAUUCUGGCAGCAUCUCCCUGUUGUCAGGCUCGACUGAACUGUAAGCACUGUGGGAAGCCAGUGAUAGACGUACGGAUUGGCAUGCAGUAUUUCUCCGAAUACAGCAACGUCCAGCAGUGUCCUCACUGUGGAAAUUUAGACUACCACUUCGUGAAGCCAUUUUCUUCAUUUAAAGUUUUGGAGGCUUAUUGACGAAAGCUUUGCUUUAGUAAUAGCUAUUUUAUGGGUAUUUCAACUUUAUUACAUAUCUUUUUAUAGGGUUCAUUCUGUGAUGAAAUCUAAUUUCUUUUCUAACUGAAAGAGCAGCUUCUUUGUCUGUGUACAUAUUAAUAUGUAUAUAUAUAUAUAUAUAUACACACGUUGUUAAAACCAGAAUUGUCCUGACAAGAUCUCUGUGAAGGUUGGAGGCAAGCCAAUUUAAUGGCCUUUGAAUAUAUCCUGAGUGUGGGUAAAGUUCUGCUAAAAAUUACUGCAUUUUAUUAUUUUUGUAGGAUUACAGUUCACUUUAUAGGGAGGCUGUGGGAGACAUACAGGACAAAGAAGUGCAUCCACUUAAGAAGUGGAUAAUUGUGUAGGGUUCUCCCUCCAGCUUGGUGGAAGUGGGAAAUCCCUGCAAGGAAACUGCCCUGUUACUGUUCAACUCCUUCAGCCUUUUCUAUCAGUUCCCAUGGGCGCAGGAGCUGGCCCUGUGCUGCUGGUUGCCUCAGCAGGCUUGCUUUCAGAUUUCCCAAGAUGGGAUAAACUAAGAUGUUGUGACAAGUGAAUGUAAAUGUAUGCCAGAGAAUUCAGUCUUUAAUUUUCUUUGUUGUUUCUUGUUUCUUUUGGCAUAAUGUCUUCCUGCUGUGUGUUUGGUGUGUGUUGUCCUCACUGACGGAGCGUGUGGCAAUAGUGCUGCUUCCACCGAGGCUGUGAUGUGCCCAGCCACGUCGUCUGUUCAUACCAAUACGAUGCACAGAUCUUGAAAUGCUUUAUUUAAAGGUGUUUCUUCACAGGCAUUUUAAGGAGGGGAGAGGCUGAGCUGAAUGGGGUUGUGUUUGUAUUUGUUUGCCGAGGCUGAGGCUUUGCUGGCUACUGUGGGCUGGUGUGACUGGAGUGGAAUUGAGGACCUUGAAGUGGGAUCUGGACUAUCAGACCUGUGAGAGCAGAGAGGUAUCAAGUAGGAAACAUGGCAUUGCCUUUUAAAACAGUUGCUGGACCUUUAGCUUUCAAAAUUGCAUUAAGUCCAAGAUCUGAAAACUUGGGAGACUUUCUGCAUACCUCUGUACUGUACAUAAUAGACUGGGCAUUAGGCAGUGAAUUUCUAUCAGAGGGCUUGGACCUGUAGGCUCUGCAGUUCUUAGGUUUUGUUCCAGUUUCUCCAUCACACAACCAAAAAAUUUAAAAGAGGCCGUGAAGAUUUCAUGUGAUUUCUCAAGCCAGUUGAGAUCUAGGGGAGGUUUUUGUUUUCUUGGGGUUUUUUUUACUUUUCUCAGUAGUGUAUUUAUGGAACAUUUGUCCUUUUGAGAGAUGUGGAUUUUGUUUCUGAUUACAAGGUGGGAUUCUUUUUUCCUUCUCAAGUUAUUUUUUUUUGUUUUCCAAAUCAGAAUAUCUGUUUGUUUUUUUUUUAAUGAUUAAGUCUUGCUCUUGAAAAUGGCCCUGAUACUCUGCCAGCCUGGGAAAGAAAACAAGAAAAAGUCAGAAGCCAAAAAAAUGUUUCAUAUUCUGGACUGAGAAUUAUGCUUUCUUGCUAAGUUAAGAAGUUAAUGUACACAUAAAACUCAAACUGAAUACUUGUGUUUCUUUGUGCAUAAAAAUGCUGAGUUUAGUUUCAUUUCUUUGCUGUCUUCACCACAGAAUUAGCUCCUUUUAACAUGAGCUGUUCUUUGAGCAAUACUGAAGCUGCACAGGGGGCUUACACUGGCACAGGUGACUUAGUGCUAACUCAAAUAGUAUGGUCCAUAGAAGCAAGCCAGUUCAUGUUGAUGGUUUUCUUAUCUGGACUGUCUGUCUUGUACAUUUACACUGCUGCUGGUCUCAACAGUGAGUUAGCAGUUCAGCUCUGGCACUCCCUUCCUCCUGUCCGUGCUCCUGAGCUUGGUUUUGGGUCUGAAGCACAUCCUUGGGGUUUGUGUGUUAGUGGCAAUGUUGGGAAAACUGUUUCCUUUUUAAGGAGAAUUAUGGGAAGGGCUUUGAGAGACUUCUGACACUGUCCUGGUGUGGUUAUUACCACAAACAAGGUUACACCAAGCCCAGCUACAGUGGGACCAUCAACAAGCUUGCUUUGAUUGUUUGGCUAAAGUUUAUUCUUUAUUACCUUUCGUUGUCUCUCUCUUUUUAUUUUCUUCUUCUUUGUUUUUUGAUGCUGUUUGUUCUUUUUUAAUCUGGCCUGUGGUCGGAUUAAAUUGUGCCUGAAAUAUGCUUUGUAAACGAGAAUACAAUCAUCUGGAUUUGGAGGUUCUUUCUACACAAGUUCUUACGUGCACGGUACUCCUUGUGAUACUAAUAGGAGUUGCAUGUGCAAAUGCUUUUCUUUCCAGUAGUUAACUCUGUUUUCCAUAGGAGAGGCUUGCGCUAAGGUAGACUUCAUAUUUUGAAUGCAUACAAAAAAUAAUUGUCAGUAGGAUGUUUAAAAGUAAAUUUGGAUAACCAUAACUAACAUGAUGAACAUCUUUUACAUGCUGAUGUGUAAUUUGACAGCUACCAAGGUGAACAGCCUGAAAUUCUUGUGCUAUCUAAUACUGCAGAGGCAUUAAAACUACAGUGUUCUGUAGCCAGCCUAUAGACUAUCUCAUAGUCUAUUUGCAUUAACAUCUCCAGUAGCGAGCAGUGUAUCUGUAAUGAAAUUAAUUGGGAAAAUAGGAAAUAUUCCUACAAGGGAAGCAUCUAACCCAGUUGAUUUUAAUUUUUUUCCCCAUGUACUCUUCAUUUUGCUGUACCAGAUAACUGAAGACAAACAUGUUGUUGUAAGGCCACUGGUGAGAGAACCCCUCAGAAAUACACUUGUCCAUAAAGGUUUCUUGUUGAGGCAUUCUCGGAUUGCACUUUUGCAGAUGGAAGAAUAUGUACAUAGCAAAUGAAUGUUGAUGAAAUUCAAAUAAUUGGUUAUGAUAUCAUUUGCGUGUGUUGUUAGAGAAUAUUUUGUUGUGACUUCUCUGUAUUAAAAAAAUAAAAAGUAAAUACCUGACA